AAUAAUUUGAAAACUGACGAUUUAAUUAAAAGUGAUAUUAUUGCUUUCAAUUUAAUAUAAUUGCAGUAUUCUUGGAAAUCGCAUGCAGUCGAGGUUGAAGUAUGGAGAUUUAAAUCAAAAGCCAAUCACUGCAGAUCUACUAUAUUUUGUACCAAUAAGAUCACGAGUAGAAGCUAAUAGCUUUUGGACACUGGGUCUUGUGCAUCGAAAGAAAGAAAGAUGCCGCUCGACACUGUGUUAUGUCUCGACACGUCAGGUUCAAUGGCGAAUCGGGGCAUAAGGGAACUGAAACGAGCUGCAACUCAAUUUCUUGAGGGAAUCGAAGAUACGUCAAAACAAUCAGACUUAAGGGAAAAUGUUGCCAUUGUUGAAUUUGGAAGCAACACAAGAGUUGUUAAGAGUCUAACCACCGACUACACGGCUUUAAAAAGAUGUGUUGAAAACUUGCGUGCUGGCGGUGCAACACCAAUGACGGAAGGGCUUAAACUGGCAAUGAAGGAAAUUCUCGAACACGGUGGAGUCGUGAAUGUAAAUGGUUUAAAGCUUUCGCCUCGGAUUGUCUUGAUGACCGAUGGAAAACCAACCGGCGACAGCGAGGCUCAGGCUGUACGCGAGGUGUUAGCUGUUGCAGCUCUAUUUGGGCAACAUUGGAGGGAAGUUGGUCUGCCUCAUCCGAUACCUAUUGCUUGUGUUGGCUGUGGAGAAGCAGACAAGAAACUUUUAGAAGGGAUAGCAAAAAUAACCAAAGGCAUGUUCAAAAUGGUUGGUGAUAUGGAGGAACUGAGCACUUUCUUUCGCCGUCAAGUAAUGCUGUCGAGAUUUGCUGCGAAGUUCUCACACGAUAUGUCACAGCUACGUUCCAUGUUGGCCUUACAGCAGUUCAUGCGUGCUUGUGGAGAAGCCGUGGAGGAAGCUGAAGCACGUGCUUUGAGUGGCUUACUUGCUGCGAUGGUGGUUGGUGCAGCCCUCGAAGACGGAGACAGCGAUGAUGAUGAGUCUUUACCCACACCACCACCCCUGGGGACACGGGUAAGACGGGGACCUCAAUGGAACUGGGGCAAUCAAGAUGGCCACGGUGUUGGAACUGUUACCAAUACUACAGAUACAAAAGGAUGGGUUGAUGUAUGCUGGGACAAUGGCAGAAAAAACUCUUAUCGCUUUGGAAAAAACAAUGCAAUGGACGUCAAGAUUGUAAACGAGCCACGUAAAGUGACAUUUCACGAAGGUAUCAAAGUUGGAGUCCGAGUAGUACGAGGAAAAGACUGGAAAUGGGGAAACCAAGAUGGCGGAGUUGGAAGCAAAGGAUACGUCUAUGAAGUGAGCGGGUUACGAGGUGUUUGUAAGGUGCGUUGGGAUGACGGCAGCACAAACAGUUAUCGUAAUGGUGCAGAAGGAGCUUACGAUUUGCGAGUCUUGCCGGAGGACGUUAGUGGAAUGGGAACGGCUACAAGAUCUCAACGAAGAAACUCAGAUGAAUGCUCAGUGAUGUGAUGUGAAUACAGCAUAAAAUUCGUAAUUAUUGAACUAUAAUUUAAAUUUCACGCACCAACAUUUACUACACAGCCUAAGAUAAACUAUAGCCGAUUGCACAUAUAGUUGAGCAUAUUGAUCAUGUUUGAAAAGGGUCGCGGCACAAUACAGCAUGAAACAUACUGUUGAAAUAUAGCGGGGCAGGAGAACUUAAAACUCGGUCACUCGGUAAGAUACUGGAAACGAGAACGUGAUAGAUUGCGUGUGAUCCUUCAGUGAGGCAUAUGCAUUAAAAGAUUGCAAGGACAAAUUUCAUAAGGACAGUAAUAUUUCAAUAUCAGUGCUAAGCAACUGAUUUUUUGCAGUAGCGUUAAAUCUACGUCAUAAGUUUGAAGAUAAUAGAAUUUGGAUGACUUACAUUUUCCAAUUUAAAACGUCCAA